AUGUUAAGGUUAAGCAUUGCUUUUCUCGUCUCUGCUUUGAGAGGAGUGAAUCAAAAGGAGAAAUCUGGUGAUGAGGACGAGCGUGUACUUUCUGUUUUUCAGCUUGCUGCAUUACUUGUUAAGCUUGGCUCUCUGCAUAUAAGGUUUAACCUAAGGCAUUUCCAAGUUACUCGAUCUGAUGCCUUUCCUGAGAGUGAUUGA